AUGCGAAGGGAAGAGAACGGUGGAACCGGCAACUACGAACUGUUCGUCUUAAAGAAGAUUGCACGCAAGCUACAUGUCCCUUCGGCUCUUCUAUGGAUUCAACCAGCAACUUUUCUUGACAUCUACUACUACUAUUUCAAUGGCUAUAGUGAUCUAAUUGCCAAUAGAAGUGAUCCCUCUUAUUCUAUUGAGCUACCUAGGCUUCCAUCACUCAUCUGUCGAGAUCUUCCUUCUUUCUUCCUCCCAUCAAACCCUUAUGCUUUUGCCCUCAAGACAUUCAAACAACAGUUUGAGACCUUGGAACAAGAAACCAAGCCACGAGUUCUUAUGAACACCUUUGAUGCCUUGGAACCCCAAGGAUUAAAAGCUAUUGAAAAGCUUAAUUUGGUCGCUAUUGGGCCUUUAAUUCCUUCGGCAUACUUAGAUGGCAAAGACCCAUCUGAUAAACCCUUUGGAGCAGAUCUAUUUAAGGGCUCAAAGGAUUAUAUCGAAUGGUUGAACUCAAAGCCAAAUUCUUCUGUGGUUUAUGUUGGUUUUGGAAGCGUUGCUGAGCUACCCAACCGGCAAAUGGAAGCCAUUGCUAAUGGGUUAUUGCAAAGUCGCCGACCAUUCUUGUGGGUUAUUGCAAAUUGCAGAAUGUUGCUGCUUCAUUAUGCAAACGUCAUCAAGAUUUUGACUUCUAUGAAAAGCCCUUGGAAAGGAUGUGCAGAGGUUGGUGUACAGCUUUUCAACAAGAAGACUGGAUGGGAUCAAUGUAGGCUUUCACUUAAUGAUCUUACAUAUUCUCUUUCCAAUGAUGGCUGUAAGAAGACUAGAUAA